ACAAACAAGGUCACGUGAAUCGGUGAAGUCAAGCGUGACAACUCCGCGCAGUUAACCAUAGAUACUGCGUAUUUGUAGUUUUACUCAAGUUAAAAGUGAACUGUUAAUUUUUAUGUCUUUAUUUUAAACCUCAAUAUUUAGGGAAAGAACUGAUAGCAACAUGACGAUUACUAGAGGUGUGAUGAUGAUUCAAAUUCUGUUUUUGUUUAUACUUACAGCCAGAUGUGCGACUGAAAUUUGCGAAGACAUUGUCAACUUAAAAGGGGAAAUGCUGCAAGCUUUUGGAUGUCCAAGGUUGCAUGAGAUGAAGGAGAAUAAAUAUUGCUGCGGAAAUAAAUCUGUUUCUUUAACUUGCUGUAGUAACGAAACUCAAUCAAUAUAUUAUGCAGCAAAAAUGGAAAACCUUUCAAAACCAAGGGACAGUGCUUCCCUCAUUGUUGUUUCAAUAUAUGGUGGAAUCUUGGUUAUUAUUAUGGCAUUGGACUGUGUCUCGCAUUUUGGUGUUUGGAAGAAAAGGCGACAGAAAGGAAAAACAUUUUAAAUAUCAUGUACAUGUUUUUCAAUGGAUCCAGACUGCCAACAUUAAAAUCACUGUGUUAAAUAUAAUUCAUUUACUUCAUAAUAGUACAUCUAAAAGCAGAACAGUAUUUGUAAAAUGUUGUUUAAAUUUGUAAAUUUAUUUUUUAUUGCAUGCUUCACAAGAAGCUCAGUUUUAUUUUUACAAAAUUAAAUGAUUGUACAGUUACAAGAUACUACCUUCAUAUAUUGUGCAUAAAAUGUAAGUUGUAAAGUUUUUCAUGUUGUAACUUGUUCUGAAAUUCUGAAAGGGCAGAACUUAGCUACAUGAUAACGUCUGUAUAUUUGUAGUAUGUAUUAUUAGUUGUGGUAAUGUUUGUAAAAGAAAACUGUAACAUUUGCGUCUUUUUGUAUUCAUUUAGUAUUAGAGCACCUUGCGAUAUCUUUUAUUUUAUCCUCUUAUUUUUGUUGUGCUUUUCUGUGAUAUUUGCAAAUGUUACUUUUUGUAUCUAAUGUGCUUAAAAUAAAACAUCAUAUUCACUGACA